UAAGAAGUAUAUAUCAAUUCUUAAUAAAUAACGAACUGUGGCCGUUUAUCUAUCAUAGUGUAACUAUUGACGAUAUACUGUUCAUCUCCCAAAUGGAUUUCAGCUACUGUGCAUAUUUGGUUUCUGUUUUGUUCAUUUUGUGUUGCUAUUUGUUACAAGUUAGUGUUGGUAUAGACACCAUCACAUCAUCUCAUUUCAUCAAGGACCCUGAAACACUAAUAUCCAACGAUGGUAACUUCACCUUUGGAUUCUUUAGCCCUAUAAAUUCUACAAACCGCUACAUUGGAAUUUGGUGGAAAUCUCAAUCUACAAUAAUAUGGGUGGCAAACAGAAACCAACCACUGAAUGAUUCUAAUGGGAUUGUCACAAUAUCUGAAGAUGGAAAUAUUGUGGUAUUAAAUGGAAAGAAACAAGUCAUUUGGUCAUCCAAUGUUUCCAACAUAGCAUCCAAUACAAGUUGUCAGUUUUCAGACUUUGGUAACCUUGUCCUUUUGGAGAGCACAACUGGAAACACCUUAUGGCAGAGUAUUCAGCAACCUUCAGAUACGUUAAUUCCUGGCAUGAAACUUUCAAUCAACAAAAGAAGGGGUAAAAAUAUAAACCUCGAAUCAUGGAAAAGCCCUUCCGACCCAUCUGUUGGCAACUUCUCUUGUAGUACUGUUGAACACUUGCAUAUAAUUGAAGUCUUCGUUUGGAAUGAUACUCGUCCAUAUUGGCGCAGUGGUCCUUGGAAUGGUGGGGUCUUCACUGGGAUACAGACAAUGACAGUGGCAUAUUUUUUUGGUUUUCAAGCGGGUGAUGAUGGAGAAGGGAAUACUAACAUAUAUUAUACAAUACAAAAUGACGAGGAAUUUUUUAUGUAUCACCUGAAUUCGCAAGGAAAAUUAGAAGAAACAUGGUGGGAUGAUGAGAAGAAAGAAAUGCAAGUUAGAUGGACAAAUCGAGAAUCAGAGUGUGAUGUUUAUGGUAUAUGUGGGGCAUUUGCAAGAUGUCAUUCAUUGAGCUCACCAAUAUGUAGCUGUUUGAGAGGAUUUGAACCCCGAAAUAUACAUGAAUGGAAUAUACAUAACUGGACUGGAGGGUGUGUUAGGAGGACACCUUUGCAGUGUGAAAGGGUCAACAAUAAAACCACGAGUACAAAGGAAGACGGGUUUUUGAAACUACAUAUGGUUAAAGUUCCAGUUUUUGCUGAAGGUUUAGCUGUUACACCAGACAUAUGCAGAAGCCUAUGUUUGGAGAAUUGCUCUUGCCUUGCAUAUUCUCAUGAAGCUGUGAUUGGCUGUAUGACUUGGACUGGGAAUCUACUUGACAUAGAACAACUCGAAAAUGGAGGACUUGAUCUAUAUGUUCGCGUAGCAUAUGCAGAACUUGAUCGAAGGAGAAACAAGACAAUCAUCAUUGUAAUUACAGUGAUUGUUGGAACUCUCAUGGUUGUCAUUUUUGCAUAUAUAAUAUGGAGAAGGGCAUCAAACCACCCAGGUGGAUCACCAGAAGGAUUUUCUAGUGACAACGUAAUUGGAGAAAUGUCCCAAGUUAAACUACACGAGCUAUUAAUAUUUGAUUUUGAAAAGCUGGCAACAGCCACAAACAACUUCCACUUAUCCAACAAACUUGGACAGGGUGGUUUUGGUCCUGUAUACAAGGGGAAACUACAAGAUGGUCGGGAAAUAGCUGUUAAAAGACUCUCUAGAGCAUCUGGACAAGGGUUGGAGGAAUUCAUGAAUGAAGUAGUGGUGAUUUGUAAGCUUCAACACCGCAAUCUUGUAAGACUUCUUGGUUGCUGUAUUGAAGGUGAUGAAAAGAUGUUGAUGUAUGAGUACAUGCCAAACAAAAGUUUGGAUGCAUUCAUCUUUGAUCCAUCAAAAAAUAAACUCCUAAACUGGAGGACACGGUACAACAUAAUAGAAGGAAUAGCUCGAGGACUGCUGUAUCUUCACAGAGAUUCUAGACUAAGAAUUAUUCACAGAGAUUUGAAGGCAAGUAAUAUCUUAUUAGACGACGAGCUGAAUCCAAAAAUAUCAGACUUUGGUAUGGCUAGAAUCUUUGGAGGGGGAGAAGAUCAGGCCAAUACUAACAGGAUUGUUGGCACUUAG